AUGUCUUUUCACACCGACGUGUUCUCUGGUUGUGGUUCUGGCUCACAAGGCAGCUCUACAAACGACAACCUCGCCCGAAUUGCUGGCAGCGCGGACACAAAGCAGGGCCGGUUAACUGCCUACAGAGAACAGCAGCCACUAGCAACCAAUGAAGCACGUGAGAUGGGUGGGAUGAUCAUGGUUACGCCUGCGAAAAGCGGAAAGAUGACAGAGCUGGAGGUAUCGCACGAAGAACCUGCGGAUAGCGUUCUUACACCAACACCAUCUCUAAGGGAAACAGAACAUUUUGACGCCGAAAAUCUACAUUGCACGGUGUUAUGUGAUAGGCAACACGCAGCGGCUCACUUAAAUUAUAACGGCGGCGCGAAGGGCAGUUCAGUGCUACGAAACGUCGAGGUACGGGAGAUGCUAGUGUAUGUGGAGCGAGAAUUGGCGGAGUCCCGUGAGGAGGCCGCGAGGCAGUCGGCGGAAAUAGAUAGCUUACGUGCGGCCCUCGCACAAGAGCAAGAGACGAAUCGUCGUGCACGCAGUAAUUUUGAAGAGGCAAUGCAAGAGCUGCGCGAAGACAACGCUGAGCAUAUUCAGGGACUAAUGGAGCAAAUAGCAGUCCUCAAACGGUUGUCCGAGAGUGUUUUGGAGGAGAAAACGCGAAUAACGGAGGAGGCAAUUCAGCGCAAGCAGCAGCUCCUCGCCCUGUUGGAACGAGAACGGAAAGAAAAGAGUGAAAUCAUGGAAAACUACAGGCAGCAGACAGAAUCCCUCAUAGCAGAACAAGGGAGGGAGAUAACCAGUCUGCGGGCCAUGGUGCACUCCACUCGAGAAGAUUAUGAACAACAGCUUACGUGCCGACAAGAACUGGAAGAUAAAUUGCAGCAACAACAGGAACGACUCGCUGAUGCUGAAGCUGUUCUGGAAAAGGAGCGGGCUGCGGCAAGUCAGCGGCAACAGGAAUUCAAGCAGAGGUAUUUGCGCCGUAUUGAAGAGUUGACGUCACAGAAUGAGGAACUCACGAUUCGCAUGGAGAAAGACGCUGCCAAACUGCAGGAGUGGAGACGGGAGGCACUUGAUCACGAGCGUGGCCUUGCUGAGCGAUUGCGUGAGCAGGAGGAGAGACAUGCAAAGGAGCAAGAAACUAUUAAAGAAUCAUAUGUGCAAGAAUUGACCAAGUUGCAGGAGGAAAUUCAGGAGGCGCGAAAACAGCGUGACGAGGCGGAACAGCAGGUGAAGGAAGGUAGGCAGAGGACACUAAAAGGUGAGGAAAAAACGAUACAGGCACUGAACCAGGCUGUGGAGCAGCUACGGCAGGAAAAAGAGGCAAUGAGCGAAGAAACAGCGCGCCAGUGUGAGGAGCUGCGUGACCUACACAAUGUUAAGGUCAGCCAAUUACAGAGCGUAAUCGAUACCUUGCGUCGACAGCAUGCUGAUGAAAACACAGCGCGGGUUAAUGCAGAAGCGGAACGGGACCUUGUCACGAUACGUGCGGAGGGGUUGCAAACCACUGCCACUCGCUUGGCCACUGAAAUGGAAGCAUUUCGAACAGAAUGUCGUGCUCGAGAACGGGCUGCGGCCCAAGAGCGUCAAAACAGCCAGGAGUUACUUCGAGCCCAGUUGCGUGAAUGUACUGCUGAGGUCGAAGAUUUAAAGCAGCGGUUGCUACAGCGAGAUCUGGAGGAACAACGACUGCGGGACGAAAUCGCACUAAAAGCACAAGCACUGCAAAAUUUACGGACAGAGAACAAGCGACUUCUUGAAGAAGCCAAGCAUGCGGAUGACAAACGUGAACGAGAGGUUACUGAAUGCCAAAUUAGUUUAGAGAAAAAUACAGCAGCCUUGUAUUUGCAGAAGACCCAAGCAGAGGCAGAAUGCCAACGUCUUCAGCACGCGUUGGAAGAAAUAGAGGCAAGGUACAAGGCAUGCGAGCGGCGUCUUGACGACGAGCGACAAGCACUGAAGGAAACGGCAGAAAAACUUCAGGAAUCACGAGAUGCUGCUGAAGAGUCCAAAGUGGCACAUCGUCGUACACAGACGCGGCGACAGGAACUUGAAGAGGAGUUGCAGCGUAAGAACUCCGAACUCGCCGCGGUAGGUGAGCGAAUCACUGAACUUGAGGAGGCUCUGGAAGCCUCCGAAGCCGACGCUCGACAACAUGCAAAGGAAGCUGCAGAAAUGGCCAAGGAACAUGAGAGACAGCUACACACGCAGAAACAACAACAUGAAGAAGAGGCCCUGGCACUUCGUCGUGAAGCAGAGAAACUACAUAAUGAUGCAACAAAGGUGCACGAGGCAGCUGCUCUCAAGGACUCUGAACUGCAUCGACUGCGUGAGGAAGUUAAUCAGCUGCGUCGGGAAGCUGACACAUCUAUGGGUUCACUGCGAGAUCAACUUGCAGAAGAGAAGUUGCUCCGCGAGGACGAUUUACAUCGACUUGACGACGUGCUAAACACACUCCGUGCAGAUCUUAGCCGUGCGCAGAAGGCUAAAGCGCAAUGUCUAAAGGAUAUGGCGCAAACUCAGCGGGACGCGGAACGGCAGCGUCUUCAGCUACAGGAAAUGUUGGGCCAAACAGAAGCGGCGAAGGAGCGUUUGCAAGAAGAGGGUAGGCAUCGCGAACAGUUGAAUAGCGAAUUGCAGGGUACAGUGAGGUUGCUUUCCUCGAGACUUGCAACAUACGAGGACGACAAUCGAAGGAUGCAAGAAGAGUUGACAGAUUUAAGUUCGAAGUUGCACGAUACACACACACUUAUUGGGAGGAAAGAUGCAGCAAUUGGACAACUAACCGCCCGGCUUCGUGCGUACGAAGCAAGAUUAGGGGUAUCAGCGACGUAA